AUGAGAGACCUCGAGUCGCUGGUGGCCGAGGCGUCGCGGAGCUGCGCGAAGCUCGAUGCGCAGAUGCGAGCGACACGGGCUGCCUACGACCACAUGAACAGCCUGGUACACCAGCAAGUCUGGACAGGAGCACUGCAAGUCGCCGGGGCCGGCAAAGUCGAGCCAGUUUGCUCUCCCGAGCCGCCGGAUGGGCUGGAGGUGAGGACGAACCCUGUGGUUGGGCGGCACCUUGUGUCAACUCGAGCGCGAGGAGCGGGCGAAACACUGCUGCAGGAGCGCCCCUGCAUCAUACUGCCGUGGCAGCUACUCGCCUCGGCUUCGCGGACAGACUGGUUUGAGGCGCUCAAGUUCCGGCUCUCGGCGGCCGAGGUGGCGGAGAUUUCGGCGAAAGAGGUGAUCGCCGAGGAUGCACUCUUGAUGUUCCGGCAGGCGGGAAACCUGGGAUUUCAAGAGCCCCAGAAUUCGGAUGACAUGUUUUUAAAAGAAGGAUCGGUGACAAAAGGGAGGAGCAAGUACCAGGUCUGCCGGGUAAACGCACAACGCUUCGGCUUUGGCGCCGGCAUUCGUGUGCACCCAACUGCCGCGUUUUUGAAGAUGGAAAGCUUCUGGCGGUCAGGAGCUAUGGCCCGGGACCGCUGA